AUGACAGACCUCGUCAACCAGCUGACCGUCCUCACCCCCGGCGCCGGUGCGUCGAAGCAGACGAGCGCAGGCCCUCGAGAGGUUGUCAAAAGGGUCGGGAUGCUUGAGCUCAUCGUCGUCGGCUUCUUCAUGGUCUCCGCAGGCCCCUUCGGCAUCGAGGAGGCAAUAAGCGCCGGGGGGCCACUUGCUACAAUCAUUUCUAUAAUCGUUGCACCACUGUUCAUCUCCAUCCCACUUGCACUGAUGUCUGCCGAGCUUUCAACCCUGUUUCCUUGUUGCGGAAGUCCUAUUGAUUGGACAGCCGACAUGGGCCACUUCGUCUCGUCGUGUAAUGGCUACUGCCGCCUUUUGUUCACCAUCCUUGACAAUCCGCUUUACGCUGCCAGCGUCACUGACUACUUGACAUCUCUCCUUGGACUGCCAAACAAAGUAUGGAUACGGCUGAUAUCCUCCUUUGUAGUCUACGCAAUCGUCACCACUCUCAACUGCUUCGGAAUAGAAAUCGUUAACUGGUUUUCCAUCUUAUUGUCCGUAGUCAUUAUCCUCCCCUUCUUCAUCUUCUUCGGGGCUGCUGCCCCCCAGUUCACUACAGAAAGGAUCUUCGCCACCAGGCCAAUUAAUGAAAUAGACUGGGUCGGCCUCGUUUCUACGUCGGUCUGGCUUUACUCUGGAUACGACUGCAUGGGAUCUCUUGCGAAUGACGUCAGAAACCCCCGGAAGGUGUAUCCUAUCGGGCUGCUCAUAACGGUGUUGAUCGUUACCCUCGUUUAUCUCUUUCCAACUAUAGCAGGAUUGUCUCUAGACAUGGACAGUGACACAUGGAUGAACGGGGCGUUUGUUGAAGCCGCCAAGCGCCUGUCAAUUGAUAGAGGGCGAUGGUUGAGUACAUGGAUUGGCGUCGGCGGUGCCGUAUCCAAUGUGGCAAUCCUUAACGUAGACCACUUCUGCUCUGCUAUGGAGAUCUAUGCGAUGGCUGAGAACAAUAUGCUUAUAGGAAAGAAGUAUCUAAUGAAGCAAUACAUUACGAAGAAGGGGGAGCCAAUCCCCCGUAUAGCUAUAAUCGUCCUUGCCAUACUUUGCUUCCCCUUAGGCAUGCUGGAUUUUUCUGUUCUCAUCGAUGUCAACGGGCUCAUGACCGCAUUCUCUCUUUUCUUUCAGACUGUCGGGUUCCUCUAUGCACGCUAUGGGCGCAACGGAAUUAUCAAGCGAAUGCAGCGGGCACCAACGAUCAACCAGUAUACGACUCGCGAGACGAUUGAGGCCAUUGCAUCUGCCGCUCGUGCCGAUACAGCAAAGACCGGUAUUUCAGAUAUCUUGCGCGGCGAGGAGCGUAGUCUCAACGGGCCACCGUUCCCAGUUCCUGAUGUGCCGCCGAAUACAGCAGGCUCUCCAGGACAGCCCCGCUCUGCUGCAGAUGUGGAGACCGUUACCAGCGGCCCCGCCACCGCCGUCCAAGAUAUACUGGAUGAAACCGCUCGUGAGAUGAACAACGCCUCCAAAGACGCCAAUCUUCCAUGGGUGGUCAACCAUCCCAAGCUCCUGCAUGCCAGUGCCGACAACGACUUAUACCGCAUCCCAUGUGGAAUUCUGGGGGUGUUAUUGGUAACGGUGCCUGCAUUCCUUGUCUGCAUAUUCAUCGCAAUAAUCUCCGGAUGGAAAGCUUUCCUGUUUACGAUUGUCUUUGUAGCUAUAUGCUUUGCAAUCAAUAUAAGCGCUAAUGCCAUUGCUCGGUGUAUAGAGCGUAGGAAAGCUAAGCAGGCGCAGGGCAAGGAGCUGGCGUCUUCGUCCCUUCAAUUGACCCAGGCACACACUAGGGCCUCAGCUGCUCCAGAGGACGAGGACGAGAGACGCGGAUUUAGCCACGCUCCCGAUCUUGGUGAAAGGUCUGUUCCCCUUAGUAACAUAUCUCUUUCUGUCACCUCGCUGCGAUGA